AUGCGUUGGCAGUGGGAAAUUUCGAAGACCAUAUCCCUCGAAGAAGGGAACAAGUACUGGCGUCGAUCCGGAAUCUACCGCAAGUGGCUCCUUGAAAGCGUCUUUGAUGCUGAGUCAAAGACCGUCGUGACCAUUAUGGUCUUUCCGAUUGAGGUGGGAAAGCCAGACUACCGUGAAGCCGAGCUUCCGCCACUGGCAAUCCUGCCUGGAUCUGCAUCACUGAACAUGUCUCCUAUGAUGCGAGCACCUGAGUUGACGGCCCCUGUCGGCGACAUCCACUAUAAUUCAUGGGUCACCCAGCGGCAAGAGCCUUUGCCCAUUGCAGUCUCUGUCAUUGGGGCUCCAGGCAAAGACCUGAUUCUUGCAGAUCUGAUAUCCAAGGGCUUGAAGGGCGCAGGUCUCCCCACCCAGGUCAAGACCGUUGGGUCAAGCGGUGUCAGCCCCAUCGUCACGCUCGUCAUCGGCCACGAGCAGCGCAUCUUCGCUGCUCACGAAGACGUCCUCUGCAACUCACCAUACUUCGCCAACGUCUUGAAGGGCCAGUAUGUUGAGGCCUCGACCAAGCGCAUCGCCCUUCCCGACGAGUCCCCCGAGAUCUUCUCCUCGGUCCUCGAGUACAUGUACAAGGGCGACUACUACCCCCGUCUCGUGCACAGCAAGCGCCGCAACUCCUGGGAGAUCGAGCAGACAUCCGACGGCGGCGGCCGCAGCUCCAUCGAGUCGACCAUCUACCACCAGGACGCCAGCGGGCCCCUGCUCAAGGACACGGUCAUCUACUGCGUGGCGGACAAGUACGGGCUCGAGGAGCUGAAGCGGGUCGCCCUGCGGAAGCAGGGGCUGCAGACCGGCAUCCAGUGCAGCACCAUCCUGGCUUCGGCGCGCUACGCCUACGCCAACACGCCCGACUCCGACUCCAAGCUGCGGGCCCACUACCUCGCCCUCAUCAUCCGCAGCCGCUCCACCUUCAAGCGCAGCGGCACGAUGCAGCUCGAGAUGUACAACGGCGGCAGCCAGCUCUUCUUUGACCUGUUCGUCGCGCUGUGCAACCACGUCGAUGAUGUCUCCAGCACGCAGACCACCCCUCGAAGCAACCGCUUCAUCUAG